AUGACUGCAUUAUAUACGUGCUCGAUAAGCAAUGAACCAGCUGAAGUACCGGUUGUAUCACCAGCUUCUGGACGUAUCUUUGAAAAACGACUUAUAACAAAAUAUAUCAACGAGAAUGGCACUGAUCCCAUUACCAAUCAACCACUCACCGUUGAACAGCUAAUCGAACUGAAAACAGAUGGAUCUAAUGCAAUGCCGAGAACCAUCUCAGGAACGUCAAUACCAUCGUUACUAAAAUUACUGCAAGAUGAAUGGGAUGCAUGCAUGUUGAAUAGUUUCAUGUUACGUGAACAAUUACAAACGGCAAGACAGGAACUGUCACAUACACUUUAUCAGCAUGAUGGAGCCUGUCGUGUGAUAGCUCGUCUAUCCAAAGAACUGAAUGCUGCACGUGAAGCACUUUCAACGCUUAAACCUCAUGCUAACGUUGAUAUGGCACAAUCAGGUGACAUGGCAAUGGACACA